AUGCUAUUUCUUCAUAUAAUCAAAUUCCUUUUAGGUCUUUUUAUUGUUAAUUCGGUGAAGGCGCAAAACUUUUACGAUUCCGAUCCACACGUAAUAGAACUAACACCAAAAAGCUUCGACAAAGCGAUCCAUAACACAAAUUAUACAUCUCUGGUGGAAUUCUACGCUCCAUGGUGUGGUCACUGUAAGCAACUGUCAAACACAUUCCGCAAAGCAGCAAAAAAAUUGGAUGGUGUGGUGCAAGUUGCAGCUGUAAACUGUGACCUGAGCAAAAACAAGGCUUUGUGCGCUAAAUACGGCGUGGAAGGGUUCCCUACAUUGAUGGUUUUUAGACCUCCGAAACUAGACCUUUCGAAGCCAACGGCAGACGCUAAAAACAGCAUCAAAAUUCAUGCUAAUGAAGUAUACUCGGGCGCAAGGUCACUCGCACCUAUUGUCGAUUUUGCCCUUUCAAGAGUAAGGUCAUACGUUAAAAAGUUUGUCCGUAUAGAUUCACUUAGCUCUCUGCUGGAGAAAUCUCCCAGACUUUCGGUAGUCUUAUUCUCUAAACAAGACAAAAUUUCACCGGUUUAUAAGAGUAUUGCCCUUGAUUGGUUGGGUAAGUUUCAAUUUUACUCCAUAUCAAACAAGAAACUCAAGAAACUAACUGAUACGCGUUCAUCAGACAAAAAAAUCCCGAAGAUUCUUAGAUAUGUGCAAGAGAUAAUCCCUGAACAGGUACAAAGCGACAAGAGUAAACUUGUUGUUUUCGAUGCAUCGAAAGAUGAAUUUUGGGAGUACAGUGGAAGCGCAGUCAAUAAGGAAGGUGUUUCGAAAUUUAUCCGAGAUACUUUCGGUAUUUCGCCCAGUGAAGGUCCUUUUAGUAGACGCUCUGAAUACGUUGGUUUUUUAAAAACUGGUAAGAAGCCAAGUGGGAGGAAACAUUCCUCGCCAAGAAAAAAUGUCGUAAAGCAUGACGAGCUAUAA